AUGGCGAACAAGACCUUGAAAAGGGUGAAAGAGGCUGUGGUUCUCAAGUCCGAUGAGUCGCGACAUGAAGAGGUCAGCGCCUGGUCCAAUCGAGACCUGAUUCCGUUGCCGCCUUCUCGCCGCACCUGGGGUUGGUUUAACUUCUUCGGUUCCUGGUCUUUGUCGUCGCUCAACGUCGCAACAUGGCAGACGCCGAACACGUUUCUCACGCAAGGAAUGUCGGUGGGCCAAGCGAUGGGUGUCAUCGUCGUCUCUCGAGCGCUGUGCUGCUUGUUUGCGGUUCUCGUUGCAUGGUGUGGCUUGACAUGGCACAUUGGCUUCACCGUACAGAACCGUUUCACCUGGGGAUUUCGAGCGAGUUAUAUCCCUCUGCUUCAGCGCAUUCUACUUAACUUCAUCUGGAAUGCCCUUCAGUGUUGGAAUGGUGGUAAACUGGUUACCGUUUGUAUCACCGCCAUCUGGCCCUCAUUCGCGAAGAUUCCCAACACUCUCAGCGCCAGCACCCCGACGACGACAUACGAACUCAUCGGAUUCAUCGUCUUCUGGGUAGUCUCUAUCCCGUUCCUCUUCAUUCGACCGGAGCGAUUCAAGAAACCCUUCUUUGUCUCGUCCGUCGCUUGUGGUGUUGGCAUGGUCGCCUUGCUUAUCUGGUCUUUGGUCGUCGCCAAGGGUGUCGGUCCCAUCUUUUACCAAGGCGAGAAGGUAUCGUCGGGCUCACGAUGGAGCAUCUCAUGGCUGAUGAUGGCGGGUAUCAACCAAGCCAUCGGCCAGAAAGCAGCGGGCAUGACGAACAGCAGCGACUUUUCUCGCUAUGCGAAGAACAAGAAGGACUACAUCAUUGGUACUGUCUCUGUCUACUGGAUCACCGGCGUGUUCGUCUGUCUUGGUGGAUUAGUUACGACUGCCGCAUGCCAGAAGAUCUAUGGAAGCAUCUACUGGAACCCCCCUGACCUUUUGAUGGUCAUGAUGGACCAUGGCGAAGGUUCAUCGGCCUCUCGCGCAGCCGUCUUCUUCCUCGCUCUCGCAUUUGCAUUCACCUCCAUGUUCGAAAACGUCUGCUCCAACGCCGUCGCCGGAGGAAUCGACCUCGCUGGCCUCUUCCCCCGCUACAUCGACAUCCGUCGCGGCGCCCUCAUCACCUUCUUCGCCGCGUGGAUCAUCCAGCCCUGGCAGCUGAUCAACCAGGCCGCCACGUUCGUCGCGGUGCUCAACUCAUUCGCCGUGUUUCUCGCCCCGAUCAUGGGCGUCAUGGUCUGCGAUUACUUCUUCCUGCGCCACCAGAAGGUCAAGCUGUCGCACCUGUUCCACCCCGAAGGCUCGGACUACUGGUUCUGGCACGGCAUCAACUGGCGCGUGAUCCCGUGCUGGAUCGCGGGAUGGGCACCCACGAUUGGCGGCCUGAUUGUUAGCGCGAGGAAGGACGAGAAUGCCCCCGACGCCAUAUACGAGUUGUAUUACAUUGCGUUUUUCGUCGGCUUUUUCAUCUCUUUUGUGCUGUUCUAUCUGGCCAAUCUCGUGUUCCCGUUACAGCAUCUUGGCGAAAUCGACGACGAGGACAAGUACGGUACUUUUACCGCCAGCGAGGCAGCCAAGCUUGGUGUUAUACCAACGGACUCCGCAGCUACUUCUGGUUUCACUAAGGUGGAGGGUAUUGAGCCUCAAGUCAAUGAGGUCUCAGACGGCGGUUCAGCUAGGGAGAAAUAG